UUCACUCUCAGGGUUAUUUUAAGUGAUUGCAAGCAGACAGAGCAGGUAAGACUACGUUUUCCAGAUGAGCAAUGCAGGCACAGAACUUUUAAGCAACCUGCUUUCUGUUGGGAACAUAGAACAGGCAACGGUAAACAGGAGCACCCUGUCCCUGUCUGUCUGUCCCACUCCUGCACCACCCAAGUAUCCAGAACACAGUAAGUUCUAUCAUUGCGUACGACACCUGACUCUCACAGGAGCCCCCUGCAGAGACCAUGACCCAAGGACCUUCUGAAGUGCUGCUUCCGCAUCACCGUCCACCCUCACCCUGGGUGUCUCCAAAACAUCAUCAUCCUUACUGCCUACUUUUGAGUUUUCCUCGCAGAGAUUUCACCCUCAGUAAUCUCCCCCGGAAGGGUGUGCAAAGCUGUUUCUGAGAGGAUCACGAGGCAUGCAGCAAGCACAGUGCAUGGGUUGGAAUGGAUGCAUUUCUAGGACCUCCACGGCUCAGGAAGGGCACCCUGGGCUCUUGCAUCCCUCUCCCUCGUAACUGAACAGUCGGGGAGCACCUGUCCACAGCUGAAAGUAGCAGGCACCGCUCCCCAGCUUCUGAAAAUGAACUCAAACAAUCAUUAAACGCUUCCCCAUCUGGAAAACUGUCGGGGAAACAGUGACAAGUAAGGUCGGGAGAGCACUGAGAACGAUGCGCGGGGAAAAGAUGAAGCGCGCAUGGGACAAGCAGAGAUCCCGAGCGGAAAGCAAAGGUUCUUUCCACGGAGGGCAGGAAGCCUCGCGAGAUCUAGGGGUCGGGAUCUCGUUGCGUUGCCUAGCGACAAAAGGACGCUGGCGGGCCCCCUGGCGAAACCCCGCUGAAGCCCUGAGUCUCCUACCAUGGGGGAAGAAGGCGGCGGCCGCAGCUGUGGGAUCACUAGGGACCUGCAGAAGCUGAAGCAGCAGGCGAUGGCGUACUACCAGGAGAACGACGUCCCGCGCAGGCUGGAGGAGCUGCUCAACUCCACCUUCUACCUCCAGCCCGCAGACGUCUACGGGCACCUGGCAAACUACUUUUCUAAACUUGCAAAGCCUCCCUCCAUAUGCAAAAUUGUGGGGAAAAUCAUCCUGGAUGGAAUGGGACUCCCUACGCUACAGGUGGAAAUCUCCUGCACCAUUCAAAAUUUCCCCAAGUACAUCUGUUCCGUGGUGAUACCUGCUCACUUUGAAGUCUCCGAGAAUGCUUUGCCAGAGGUCGUGGAUGCCGAGGAGGCAGAAAGGCACCAGGCAGUGAACGCGGCUCUGCAGUGGGUCAAUGAAUCCAUCACAGAGGAGCUGUGGGGUCUGAACCCCUCCAACCAGGCAGAGGUGGACCACAGGCUCAGGAUAUUUUUUGAAAAUAAAGUACAAGAAGAUAAAGAGAGAAGAGAACUGGAAAGGAGCUCUGAGGAGCCAGUGCACGCACCUCCACCUGUAAUUCCUCCACCACCUCCUCCACCCCCCACCAAAAAGAAAGGACAGAAGCAAGGACGGAGGGACACUCUUUUGGAAAAGCCGAUCAUCCCCCCAGAGCCCCCGGAGCCAGUCCUCCACGGCAGCAUGGCCAUAGGAGCUGUGUCGCUGGCCGUCGCUAAGGCCAGUGCCAGGCUGGGCGGCACGCCUCUGUACAUGAGUAUGGCGUCACUGAAGCACGGCCAGGAGCCGCCGUCCAUGCUCACCAUGCCUCUGGUGAUGGGAUCUGUACUCAGCUGUGGGAAGUCAUCACCUGGGAAGCUCAAUUUAAUGAAAGAAGUGAUUUGUAUACCCCAUCCUGGAUUGACAACCAAACAAGGUAUAGAUUUGCUUCUGGAAAUUCAGAAACAAGUUAACAGAGUGAUGGAGACGCCCCCGCCUCCAAAACCAGAGACCAAAAAGGGGCAUGAUACAGGCAAAAGAGGUCAGCAGCCAAUCACUGGCAAGAUGUCUCACCUUGGCUGCCUGACCGUUAACUAUGACACCUUAGAGCAGCCACUGCUUCUGAUUCAGGGCAUCUGCUCGAACCUGGGGAUAGAGCUGGGAAUGAGCCUGCACCUGGCCAUCAACUGCGCUGCCCACGAGUUGAUGGACUAUAGUAAAGGGAAGUACGAGGUGAUGGUGGGCACGCACAAGAACAUAGCUGAGAUGGUGGACCUGUACGUGGAUCUGAUCAACAAGUAUCCUUCCAUUAUUGCCUUAAUUGAUCCUUUCAGGAAGGAGGUAAGCAGGGUCCACCUUUUCUGUUUUAUAUGUGAUAAAGUAAGGAGUCUCACCUUUCACAUUUUAUAACAAAGCAGAAUACAAAACCCAUUCUUCUGGACCUCUGUUGCUGGGAAUGUGUUGUAAUUGGGCUGGGCUGGGCUGCUUUGUUUUGGCAUUUAUGAAAAGUCACUUACCAAGCAAAUGAAUAGCGGAAGCACAGUUACCUAGGAGCAGGCCCGUCUGUGAAGUGAAGCGAGCC